CCCGGUGUGUCACACAUGAACCUUCCCCCCGUUGAACUUGAGAAUAGACAUGAAUAGACCAAGACCUGAUAAGACGCGUAGACUUUGAGAUUCAGGCGCCAGAUUCUGAGUUUUUCAAGGGCGCGCACUUCUCUGUCCGGACCCAAUGGUAGGGGCCGCUGCUGGCGGUUUCCAUCGCUUACGCAGCCCAGCCUCCUUUGCCGAAGUCCGCCAGUCCGGCCUCUUCCGCAGCAGCACACCUCGUCAACUGCUGAGUCGUCGCUUGGUGGAGACCGUCUGGCCGAACAGGUAAAAGCAUGUAAAAGAGAGACGCAAGAGAUUGGGGGAUGAACUUGCCAAGUGUAAGAAACUCUUUUCUGUGAGAAGCACCACCAGUUGCGGUGGGAGGAUCCACAACAGCGCCGCGUACGUUGGAGUGCCAAACAGCAUAUGACGGGUUUUAUCGGGUUUUCCCAAAACAGACGACGACUACAGUGACCAUUUGAAAUAGUUUGAAGGAACACGCAACAAGCACCAACGCAGUGGCAUGUGAGUUUUGGAUGCAUGUUUUCUCCAUGGCAGGCUUCGGGAAUAUCUUUCAGGACACUCUUGAAGCCUUUCUGACAGCAGGUGGAAUCAAUGCACGCUUUCCAACCAUCGAGCAGGUGAAACUUGCGAGUGAAUCCUUGUUCAAUGCAUCUGCUGAAGCGGACCUUGUGGAGAUUUUCAUUGGCCACUCCUGGAGUGCUGGGCGAUGGGCAAAGUUUUUGGCUCUGUGCAUGUACUUCAACCUCGGCAUGGCAGUCAAAUGUGCCUUUGGAACUUGGCUUCUUAUGGUGACUGUGCUGCUGGGAUGGGGUGGAAUCACCAGCCUUGGAGGCAGCUGCCUUGCCUUGCCAUGUCUGGUAUACCUACCCAUGAUCAUGUUCUUCCUGGUCUUCCUAUUCGGGCAUCAGAUCAUGGGUGACACUCCAUCCGUGUGGGUGGACAAGCUUUGCAUUCACCAAACAGACCCAGACUUGAAGGCGGAGCAGAUUGCGUCCCUCGCGGUCUUUGUGGCCCGGUCACAGCGAAUGCUGAUCUUGUGGGACGACACGUACUUUGAGCGAUUGUGGUGCAACUUAGAGCUCGCCACCCGCGCACGCUAUGGUGGAGCAGAGAAAGUGGAAGUGCUGCCUUUGUGGUUGGCCCCAUGGCUACUGACCUCGAUCUUGUUGGAUUUGCUCAGUGUGACCAUUUUCGAGGUCAUGGAACAUGUUUUUCCCAACUGGAGUGCAGCAUGGAUUGAGAAAACGACCGACUUCGCAGAGGCGAUUUUUGGGGAGAGACAAUACUUUGUGGCGGUGUUUUGCAUUUGGAUGAUGUCAUGCAUUGUUUACUUGCCCACAUCCAUACCUUGUUUCUUCUCCUUUCGGAUGAAGCUACGAAAUCACCAGUUGAUGCUUGAUCAGAUGGCAGAUUUUGAUGUGAAGAAUGCCAAGUGCACUCUGCCUGCUGAUCGGGAGCCCAUUGAAGAACAGGUGAGGGAGCUUUUCAAGGACAGAGAUGAUCUUGACGAUCAGGAAGCCAUGGCGACGAAUGAUGUUGAUGCUGGGGAGGUUCGUCUUCAAAGGUUUAUUGGUGUCAACAGCUCCAGCGAUCCGCUGCAGAGUUUCAAUGCUUAUGUCAGGGGGACGCUGCGGGACUUUGUGGUCGCACAGAUUGGUGACGAGCUGUUUGUACCUUGGCGGACCUGCCUGAUUGCUUUCCUCCCCAUGAUCUUUUACUCCUCGGUGAAUGUUCUGGGCUGCGACAAUGGACCAUGUGAGACUUCCUUCAAGUUGCAGGGCUUUAGCUCUGUGAGCCAAUACAUGGUCGCGAAUGGUGCGGCCUGGAUGCUGUGUUUGUCCUUGGCAUUUCCUCUGACCUAUCCCAUCCUCCUUCGGAUGCUAAAGUUUGUUUUCUCAUUCGGAGAUGGUGUACCGCAACAUGUUGCAGCUUUCCUGUGCUGUCCUUUGGCUUUCAUCUACAACUACAUUUGCGGCAGCCUCAUUUGUGCAUCUCUGCUUUCUUUGGUGGUGCAGUACUCGGUGAAGAAGCUCUUGGUUUUCGUUGUGAUCCUAGUCAUUCUGACAGCGCAAAGCAUGUGGCUUUUUUUCCGGACGCAUUCAACGCCGGAAUGAGAUGUCAUGCCGCUGCGUCCAGAGAAAGGCUUAUGAGGCCAUCGAUGGCCGCGAUGGUCAAUUGCACAUGUCACAUGAUGUCUCUCUUCUUUGAACCGGAUGUAUAGAGUAUAGAUUUAGACUAGUAAAGAGAUGUUCAGAGCAUGGGGCUAGGACAGGCAGCCCUGGAACGUUCAGGCUUUCCCCUGAGCGCGUUUUGAACCCAGUUUGAUGCCAAUCCUACUGGCAGUUGGCCAGAGUAAAGGGCUCCGAGACAGUACGGGGUCUUUUCACUUACCAUCACUUACUCUGUUCUUUUUCGGAGGUGACAGCCACAAAGUUUUGGUCAUUGC